CCACAUACAACUCCGAUCGGCCAAAGAACGGCCACCGAGACCUCGUUCCUCCCAUGGCGGCGCCGGCGCCGGCACCGGCGCUGAUGCUGGUGUACGAUGUGCGCUGCAGCUUGCUAGAGGAAGGACGGCUGCUGCAGCCACCGGUGAGAUCCGACGCACCACGCCUCGUACCAAAACCAAAGACAGCCAAACCGAGCAACCCUCCGUGGGUCAGGGCAAUCAGGGCGUCCGGUAACAUGGCCUGCCUUAUAUAUCUGGUUUUCAUCUUCGCUGUUAUGGUUCCACGGAGUAAGGACAAUCACCACCUGCUCCUCAACUGCGUGGUUUCCGUGGUCCUCUCGCUUGGGUUCCCUGCUAUGGCGUAUACGUUGACAAUGGACGUUGAUCCGGUUGAUCAACCUUAA